GUUGGAUUGGCUGAGACAAUGUAAACUGACACGCCCGGGUGUUUAGGAUCCCAGCAUAAAUACUAACGAGCCAAUAAACAGACACAGCCAGUGACUGAAGCCAGCAAUCUGAUUUUGAAUACCAUCUGGUUUUACCACAUUGUCUCUAGUUCAUCUGCAGGAAUGAAGCUUUCCACAAUCCCUCCAUUGAUUUGCUGCUGAUGUGUGGACUGGAGAGGGGGGAGACAGAGAUCCCUACAUGGGCAAGAAGCUUACAGAAGAAGGGCAACCCAGCUCAGAAUGGGACUAGGACGUUUAUGUACUGUUAUGUUAAGGGUACUUAUCUUAAACAGAGCAGAUGUGAGACUUGUUUGUUGAGCUCAGCAGGUUCAAACUUUGUAAAGUUGGUGUUACUGGUGUGUGUUUGUGUGUGUGUGAAUGCACAGCUCUUUGACAGCCUUAUAAUCGCAGUGUAACACGGUGGUGCUUUUCCCUCCCACAAGACUUGACUUAAAACCUCACAAGCUGGCUGAUCAUAUGAUGUUGCUCUUAAUCGCCUGGAGGGGGAAGUACAAAAGUGCUUCUGUGAUACUUCACUGAAAGUCUGUGGCACUGCACAUCUGCAAUGACCCACCAAGAAGUUAAGACAAUAGAUAAAUAAGCAGGAUGGGAUAAAAACAGACCAAAACUGGAUUAACUGCUUUACAGGUGAUCUGUGAAUAGCAGCAGUGAAAGUCAAGAACUCAGACUGAUGGUGUUUUACAAAGUCAUCACCUCUCAUCCAGCAGCAGAGGACAUUUUGUAGCUGCAUAUCCGUUACGGCUUCAGCAUCUGAACGGACACCUGAACGGAGAGAAAAGCUAAUGGAGGAGGAAAACGAGUGCACUUCUCUGGCAGAUAUGACAGAGUCAGUACUUCAGUUGCCCCAGCAGGAGUCUUGGACUUCAGUAGAUCACCAGUGUAUCAAUGGAGAACAGGAUGCUGCAGUGUGGGGCGACACAGAGGUGCACAUCAAUCAGACAAAUGAAGUAGAUGAAGUCAGUCUCUCCUCGAAGGGAGGGCAACAGAUUCCUGAGGAGGCAGAGCAGUGGGAGCAAAUGAUAUGGCCGAUGCACUCCAUCACCUGCACCAGCCCUCCGCUUUCCUUCGCUACAGUGCAGUGGGACGUGCCUGACGCUUCUGCAGAAACGCCUCUACUCAUGACUGACAGCAGCUUGACGAAUGAGCUGUGCUCUGACGGUGUGACGACUCCAGAGAGCUCUUCUCCAUCGCUCUGCCAGCCUCAAGACGUUACUGCUGAGCUUUUCGAGCAGGACGACAACGAGGAGGAAGAUGAUUUUGACUCACAGCUUCUAAACUCAGAAAACCAAUGGACUGGAAAUUACUCUGAGCCAUGUGAUGCUGCAGAUGUGAAUGAACCGGAGACACAAGAAGAGGAAGAUUCAGCACAUGAGCUGUUAGACAGUAAUAAUGAAGUCACACAGAGGACAGACACAGAGGAAUUUGAGGAACACUCAGUCAAACCAUCUGAGCACUUAAUCAAUACUCCUGAGGUGGUUGAAGAUGACGUGGACGCUUAUGUGGAUGUAAAACUAGAAGAGGAACAGGAGGAGGCCUGCGAUCUGCUUACUGGACAGGAGGAAACCGAGGGAAUUCAAACUUCUGUAAAUGAUGUGAAAACGGAAGACGAAAACAAGGAUUUGAGUGAGGAUGAUGAAGAGUGCUUUGUGACUAAUGUAUCCAGCGAUGAAGAAAGUGAGAAAGCAAAUACUGCCAGCUUUUUGACAAAUGUGGAGAUAUCUGAAGAACCACUGCAAACAGACACUGAGCUAAACACACCUACGGUUAAGCUGAUCGAUCUACAGGAGCCAAAGCUUUUAGAGGACAGUAGAAAAUCAGGGGGCGAGGAGGAAUUAGGAAUACUGGAACUGCUACAUGAGGACCUCGCAGAUCAGACUGAAGAAGUAGACAUGUGUGAAGAUGUAGAUCAGAAUGUGGAGCCUGGUCAGUUAGAGACUGUGGACAACGAUGAAGAAACAUUGAUGGAGGAGGCAGAAAAUGCAGCAAGGACAGAAGACUUACAAGAAGACUUACAUGAAAAUCUGGAGGACAGAGAUAGUUUAGAGCAGCAAGAGUAUGGGCAAGGAGCUUCACCGGACAGAAUGGCUUCACUGGUGUCUGAACACUCUGAGGAGCUUGAAAUGACUGAUAAGCCAGAGCAGAUACCAGCGGAGGUGGCAUAUCAAACAAAAGAAUCAGACCUGUUAGGACAGUCCCAAGAGAAGGAAGUGGCAGAGGAGAUGGCUCAACCUAAAAAUGCAGAGCAGUCAGAGGAGUCUGUACAGACUGAGAAGACAGACUGUGUUGAAACUGACGACUCCAGAGUCACAGAUCCGCCACAACAGACAGAGCCAUCAGAUCAGGAUGAGCAAACACUGCAAACGACCGACACCUGUCAGCCAACUCUCUCUGAGCAGCCUGUCCCGACAGAGAUCACAGAUGAGUCAGAAAUGGCAGACCAGCUGUCUCCUGGCUCUGAGCUCAUACAGCAGCAGACAGAGGAGGCUGGUUUACAGCAGGUGGAAAAACAGGCUGAGAUGUGCGAUCAGGCUGAAGAUGCUGAGGUUACGGACAAAGGGGACGCACAAAAAGUUAUUCCAAAUGGGAAGGAACACAAAGCCCUGGACACAGCGGUGCCUUACAUGAACGGUGAGAUAGACAGAACGAUGGCCUGCUGUCUUGCUGAACAGCUCUUUAAGUUGGACGGAAUACCACGAGCAGAGGUGGUGAAGCACUUAGACAAAAAUAAUGACUUCAGUCAUGCUGUUGGAGAAGAAUACCUAAAAUUCUUUGAUUUCACUGGGCAAACUCUGGACCAGGCUCUACGAUCCUUUCUGAAAGUGGUGAUACUGAUAGGAGAGACUCAAGAGAGAGAACGUGUGCUGCAGCAUUUCUCCUGCCGCUUCCAUCAAUGCAACCCUGACUCCUUUAUCGCUUCAGGCGCUGUGUUGGCUCUGACGUGUGCUUUGAUGCUUCUCAACACAGACUUGCAUGGACAGAAUGUGGGAAAAUCAAUGUCGUCCUCUAAAUUUGUGUCCAACCUGGAUGGGAUGAACGAGGGAGGAAACUUCAGCAAGGACCUGUUGAAAAGUCUUUACAACUCCAUAAAGAGUGAGCCGCUGGAGUGGGCUGUCGAUGAAGAAGAACUGAAGAACUCUGUUUUGGUGGAUGAAGAUGUAUUUAAUGAUGCUCCUCUGCGCUCAAAAGCCAACCCCUUCCUGGAUGUUCCUCAUGACAAAAAGGCCUCUGUGGCCAAGCAGGGUUUUCUCCAGAGGAAGCUCCUUGCUGACAUCGAUGGCAAGCGCACUCCAUGGGGGAAAAGAGGAUGGAAGACUUUCUAUGGAGUGUUGAAGGGAAUGGUCCUUUACCUACAGAAGGAUGAUUAUCGCAGGGAUCACCAUGCUAACGAGGAGGUGGUGAGUGUGCAUCACUCUGUGGCUGAGCAGGCAGCUGAUUACACAAAGAAGCCACAUGUGUUUCGCUUGCAGACAGCUGACUGGAGGAUUUUUCUUUUUCAAGCCUCGUCCAAAGUGGAGAUGCAUUCGUGGAUCAGCCGCAUCAAUUUGAUUUCGGCUCUUCAUUCGUCGCCUCCAUUUCCAGCUGCGGUCGGCUCUCAGAGGAGGUUUUGCAGGCCCAUCCUCCCUGCAUCACAGUCUGCUCACACUCUGGAACGUCAGCUGCAGUCUUAUGCAGGAAUGCUGGAGUCCUUUAAGGCCGACUUAUUGUAUCAGCAGCAAAACCCUCCAGAGGGCAAGAAGGCUAAAGCCAGAGAUCUGGAGGAGCAUCGUGUUCGAACAGAGUACCUGCAUCACGAGAUGUGUCGCUAUGAGAUCUACAUCCAGAUGCUGGAAGCCUGGAAAAACGUGAAGAAGACAGGAGACAGUCUGUUGUGCACUACAGACCUGAAUGUAUUUGACAAAGCUGUGUGUGCUGACUCUGUGGGGGAGGAGGUUGAGGAGGAAGGUGGGCUAAAAAAGUCUCAUUCCAGCCCUUCUCUGGAACUGGAGCUAGCUCCUCCGACGGUGAUCAAAGUCAAACGUAAUAUCUCUGAGAGACGAACUUACCGCAGGACUAUCGUUCCUCGAAUGAAUAAAGAGGCCUGACAUAUGAUGAGCGGGAUUUUUUUGGCCCUUGAGAACACAUUUCUGUUGGAAGUUUCAGUUUGUGGAAGAAAAAACAUGUCUAAGUCUCACAUGAAAGUGAUUUCUUCUCCUUCUUUUUUUUUUACUUUUAUAUUGUGCAAUUUUACAAAAAUAAACCUCAGGGAAUCCACAACCCUAGAACUCUCUCGGGACGAAGCAGAGACACUGAUUCAUUUGUUGAGUGGCCUGAAAUAUCUGGACUGAACUGAUAUUUACGACAUAUUCCUCAAAAUGGAAGCAGCAUUUACAAAUGUUGAAGUGCCUUUAACAUGUUAACCACUAGAGGGUGCUGGAGAUCAGAACAUAUCAAAGAGUUUUACUUGCACUUUUCCUAUUUUUCGUUAUUAUUGUGUCAAAAAAAAAAUUUAAUUUGCUGCAUUUGAACAUUUAUUAAAUCAGUAUGAAGGACUUCUUUGUUAAAUAAAUUGUGUAACUCCCCUUAUUCAUUUAUAAAGAUAUAUAAACCAUCUUGUUACACAAUAAUAAAUGCAGGCUUUCAAAAGUA